AUGACAUUACGAUACCCGAAGGAUAAUGAAAUCGUUGUGUUAACGCUGGCUCAUGUUUUGGAAGAUCUUGAGAAGAUGUUGGACUACUCAAAGUCCAUCGGAUGUUACCUCUCUGCAGCAACAAUUGAAUUUUUACACUGGGUGUCAGAUACAACAAAAAUGGAUCUCGGCUCAUAUUCAUUUUCGGAAGCGCAAACUGGUAAAAGUGCAAGUGUUAGAGAAGCAAAUUGUGUGAAGCUAAAAUAA